UGCAAGGUAAGUAUGGCGGGCCUUCUCUGCGAGACUAGAUUUCAGGAUCCCUAAUCCUUCACCAUCCGAACCGAGAAGGAAUCAAAUGGCGGGCGAAAAAGCUGAGAAGCCGGAUGCUAAGGAGAAGAAACCUGAAGCCAAGAAGGCUGAUGCUGGUGGCAAGGUUAAGAAGGGUAGCCCCAAGGCUAAAACGCCAAAGAAGGGGAAGCCCCACUGCAGCCGAAACCCUGUCCUAGUCAGAGGAAUUGGCAGGUAUUCCCGAUCGGCUAUGUAUUCGAGAAAGGCCAUGUACAAGAGGAAGUAUUCAGCAGCUAAAUCCAGGAUUGAAAAGAAAAAGAAGGAGAAGGUUCUUGCUACUGUCACAAAACCAGUUGGUGGUGACAAGAAUGGUGGUACCCGAGUGGUUAAACUUCGCAAAAUGCCUAGGUAUUAUCCUACUGAAGAUGUGCCUCGGAAGCUGUUGAGCCACGGCAAAAAACCUUUUAGUCAGCAUGUGAGGAAACUGCGAGCUAGCAUCACUCCUGGGACCAUUUUGAUCAUCCUCACUGGGCGCCACAGAGGCAAGAGAGUGGUUUUCCUGAAGCAACUGAGCAGUGGCUUGCUACUUGUGACUGGACCUCUGUCCCUUAAUCGAGUUCCUCUGCGUAGAACACACCAGAAAUUUGUCAUUGCCACCUCCACCAAAAUUGAUAUCAGCAAUGUGAAAAUCCCCAAACACCUCACUGAUGCUUACUUCAAGAAGAAGAAGCUGCGUAAGCCCCGACACCAGGAAGGUGAGAUCUUCGACACGGAGAAAGAGAGGUGUGGUUUGACUCUGCGUGCUUGUGGCAUCUUGGCCUCUGCUAAGAGCAGUCGGGGUCGGGAGGCUGGCACCAGCUGCAGUGGAAGCUCCACUGUGUCAUCGGUUUGGAUCAGCGUUCUUGCCUUCUUCACCGUCUGGCUUGCCACCCAGCACCCACCAGUAGGGAAUAGCGACAUUUCCCCAAUCAUUACCGAGCAGGUCAGUACUGGGCUAUGUGGACAAAAAAUAGCUCUUCUCUUCAGGCCACAAACUUUCCUUCCUUUGAAUGGGUAAUACCCAUUUCUCCCCCAUAAUCAUUGCAAUCUUGUAUAUCUGGUUUUUUAAAAGCAUACAUAGCAACGUAGCAAAUGAGUAUAAUUAUUUACCAUCUUUUUUUUUUUUUUUUUUUUUUAACCAAAAAUCCCUUAUGCUGUACAUACUAUUACACAGAUGACAAACCGUGUGUUUUGGUCAUUCCAUA